AUGAAGUUCUGGGUCCUCCCACUCAUCACGUUCAUCUUUGAGCUUGUGAUGCUUCUGUCCGUGCAAGGAAGCUUCAAACACGGAAAGCCCAUGAUAGUAAAAGAAAUCAAGCAAUGCUGGAUACAACCUUCAUUCAAGUACUGUAGAACCAGAUGCACUAAAAUAAAUACCUGUGUAAGGCUGAAUUUCACAUGCUGCUGGACCUACUGUGGAAACAUCUGCUUGAAUGAUGGGUGA